ACGGACCAAAGCAGCAGUUAGUUAGCGAACGAAUUAGAAACCUCGGUGGUAGUCUACCCAGGCCACAUGAGCACGGCCUUCCAGCUCGAACAGCCGCAGUCCACUAGCUUAUUCGAUCUACAGCAGUAUUGGCGGUAGCAGCAGUACUAGCAGUAAUAAACCAAGGAAACAGAUCGCGUGCGUCGUGCACGUUUACCCUAGCCGACCUGAUAACAACCAGAGUAAUUUUUUUUGUCGUACGUAGCAAAUCAGAUAAUUGAACUACUGAUCGUGCUGAACGAACGAUUGUGGUGCCAGACAAGUCAUGCUGCAAACAAUAACUAGUGGAAAAAGGUGAAGCUACGAAGUAAACGAGAGUAGGUACCAAAUUUCUUCAUUGAAGAAGCAUAAAAGGACUCGUGUCCGUGUUGCAUCGUUAGUGAGCAUUGUAACAAGCGCUGAGAAAGUCGAGUCAAGUUCUUCUUGAUUGGAAAUCCUUACAUUAUAGACUAUGUAAAUACGUGUGGCUUCCGUGGUGGAUGGAACCUUGACACAUAGAUGGACUUGACGUUGACUUUGUCUAACUGACUGAACAAGAACACAGGAUUGUCGCGUAGGAAGGAGGCUUCUUACACAGCCCCUGCAGCCGUCAGAGAACACUGCUAUGGCGUGCUGCAGAGCUGUACCCACCGCCAAGAACUGCCACUUCCCUGCCGAAAAGAGGGAGAUGAUGGCACGUCGAACUGCUUAUUCCAACAGUCCCAGUUGCAGCUGCAGCUCGUCGUCCUCAUCGUCGGGUGACAACGACGGGGCUCGAGGAGGUAGCCAGGACGUUACUUUCACAUUAGCCGUAUGCCAAAACAGCACCAGCCCCAUCGGUCAGGAUGGAAAUCAGAUGCCGAUACCGCCGCUAAACGACGGUGUUAGUUACAGUUUUAGAUUCAGCGAUCUCAAUGUCAUCAAAACCAUCGGCACCGGUACAUUCGGACGGGUUUGCCUUUGUCGAGCAGACGAUAAUUAUUAUGCCUUAAAAAUAAUGCGUAUUGAUGACGUCAUCCGCCUUAAACAGGUGGAUCACGUACGCAACGAAAAAGCUAUUUUGCAACAAAUAGAACAUCCCUUUAUUAUAAAGCUGCUGUGGACACAUCAUUCACAGCAGGCUCUGUACAUGCUACUGGAGUUUGUAGCUGGCGGAGAAUUGUUCACUUAUCUCCGCAACGCCGGCAAAUUCUCCAACUCAGCGGCUGUGUUCUACGCCAGUGAGAUCGUUCUCGCACUCGAGUAUCUUCACUCAAAGAACAUCGUCUACAGAGAUCUCAAGCCCGAGAAUCUUUUGCUUGAUAAAAGUGGGCAUUUGAAGGUCACGGACUUCGGCUUUGCCAAACAACUUUCUGACCGGACGUGGACUCUUUGCGGAACCCCCGAAUACCUUGCACCCGAAAUCAUUCAAAGCAAAGGUCACAACAAGGCUGUCGAUUGGUGGGCUUUAGGAAUUCUCAUUUUCGAAAUGCUCUGCGGUCAUCCACCCUUCUAUGAUGACAAUCCGUUUGGAAUAUACGAGAAAAUUCUGGCAGGACGUAUUGAAUGGCCCAAGCUUUUAGACCCCGUCGCUAAGGACCUCAUUAAAAAACUCUUGGUGAACGAGAGGUCCAAACGUCUGGGCUCGAUGAAAUCAGGAGCAGGCGACGUUAAAAAUCACCGCUGGUUCUCGAACGUCAACUGGGCAUAUUUGUAUAUGAAGCGAGUUCGCCCACCAUUUGUUCCUUCGGUGUCUUUCGAUGGCGACACGACAAACUUCGAUGAGUACGAUGAAAAGGAAUUAGAUCUACGAGACGAAGCUGACGGCGGCGGCGACGACGACGAUUCGCUCUUUAGUGACUUUUGAAUAUUUUUUUAAUAAUAUUCUAUCUGCAGUUCAGCUAUAUUCAGCUGCAGUUACUUUAGAGCUAAAACUAAAAUUGUGGCUCUUCCACUUUGAUUGAAGACUUUGCAAUAAAAGUAGGAACUAGAAGAGGCCAUCACGCGCCGCCAGAGCUAGAAAUAUUGCCUAAGGAACAAAAAAGAAUUGUCUAAUAUUAAACUGAUCUUGGCAAUUUGAGAUGGAAAAGGAAGAGGCGCAACGAACCACUUCUCCUUAUUAUAAUUGUUAUCUAAUUGCGCAUAUAUGUACACCACCUCAAUGAUAUCCCAUUGACAUACAGCAGCGUACGAUUGGACGAAGAAUUGACAUAUAAUAUGUCGCCGCUUUUUGCAAAUUCAUCUCAUCUCCAGGUAAUUCAUGGUAUUUAUGUGAGGUAUUGGCCUUCGUAAUAAAUAAAAGGCUGUUGCGUACCUCAUUCUAAGUUAAAUGCUAUAACAAUUACUACUUAGCGAUUUUUGUAUUAUCUAGUAUGUAGCCUGCGUGUUAUUAUUGAUAUAGGUAACCGAUAAUAAUGUAAGACCAAAUUGCGAGAGCCCUUUUUGUCCAUUCGAAAUUAGGGCAAACUGAAGUAAGCUUUCAUCAUGAACCUUAUAAAGUCUAUGUAGUUCUAAGGCUGACAAGGCUGAUGCCUACGUUUAGUGCCUCGUCUUCGUCGGGCUCUACACAUUUUCUGAUAUUGUACGAUUUAAGAAUAAUGGGAACCAUCUUGAAAGCUUGAUGAUGUGUCUGCGAUGUCAUGAUAACGAUACGGCCUACGAAAGAUGUGGGCAAAGGUAGUUGAACAGCUGAAUAUAUAUAUAUACUGUUACUAUUUGUGAUAAAGUCUAUAGUUGUUACGUAGCAUUAACUAUCCUCGAAAUGAAAACGGAUAGUGUACAGCGUUAUUAUUACAUUCAGUAAAAACAAAUACUUUCAGAACUACUGCAAAAAUAAUUAAGGAGAAACUAGUCAAAUGAUGAAUAAAUUCAAGUUUGUUAAUCACAAACUUAGGGAGAUAGUUCCCUAUACGCAAGCUUAUAACAGCAAAAAGCUGGAAGCAUAUUUGUUUGUUCGUUACCAAGUAUUUGCUAUUAUUGAAUAUAAUUUGACUUGUACAAAGGCUACAUACUUCAGUAACUUACUAUGAAAUUCGCUAUAUAUAUAUAUAUAACAUAAUAAAGUAUUAUAUAAAGGUGGAUGUUAUAUUUGUUUGAAAUAAAUAUCAGGAACCUAAUCGAAAUUCAGUAGUAGAUUCAAAGCUGGCGCAAUUUACCACAGCGUUGUCGAUCACGAACUCAGGACGGUUGUCCUCCCUCUUUUUCUUAUAAUUUAUAUUAUGCUAAGAAACAUCCGACAAAUUUAAGUAACCUAAAUUUAAAAUUUAGGUAAAGAAGCUUGAGAGAAGAUAUAACAUUUCGAUGAUUGUUCGUGAGCGUCAUUUGUCAAAGCCGAUUUGUACAGUUUUUAUAAGCCCUGACCGAUUUCCGUUGGUGGUGUUGUGUCCUAUGGUAUUUCUGUUAUUAGCUGACUGCUGACCAGCGUGCCCCUCAGUCUGUGCGCAUUUGUAAGAAGUCCUGCUGGGUCCCUUUUGGCGUGCCAAGUGCCGCUAGAGUCAUCGUUGGACUAACUAGACCGCCCAAAGGGACAAUCAUGAAGUUGGCGACCUUACGCCGUGUCUAGUAAGAAAAAACGUCAUUACCUUACGAGGCCAGUGUAUAUUGCCUUACGGGGCGCAGUCGUUUCUGUUUAUGUGGAAGUUGUAGCUUCGUAAACUGUCAAGCUCUAAGCUUCGACGCAACGCCUAGAUAUAGGCAAACUUCUGCAACGCACUCGCGAAAUUUUCUCUAUCUAACGUGACGAAUGUCGAAACCUACGCGCAGAAUCUAGUUGAAAUUUUACAUCCCGAGUUUUACUCUACAAGAGCAUUUAUUCAAAAAUGUAUGCGUUACAAAGGCAAAAAUAUCUUGAAAAACUGGACAUGCUUUUGAUAGCCGAUGAAGAACGUCAACUUCAUAAACUCAGCUGUUGCGCCAGUUCUCGGCUCCUACACUUUCAUAAAUCACUACUUGGAGAUGUUUGCGUUUAGACGUACGAUACGAUGCACAGUUCCCUCUCUCGCCGCAGCGCGAAAAAAGGGUUCUCAAUGCAAUGCGAUAUCAUUUAACAAGACUUUAUAGUGCGGGAAUUAACCCAGAGUCUUCCAAACAUAUGCAACAAGAAUGCCACCGAUCCAGGCAGGGUUUGGAAUAACUGUUUCCAAUUCCCCUUUGAAUUUCCAUUUUGAUUAGAUGCCUCCCUAAUUAAAAUACAGGGCCAAGCAAAUCAGUCAAAACCAUCCCGUGUGCAGACGACUUAGUGAUACGUAGGUCGAACAGGUUCUAAGUACAGCAAGGUCUAGUUCGGCUCCACGUGAGAGUCGCAGAUUUAGGCUUGACGAUAAACCAUACUAAGAUGGAGGUGACGAGGUUUAGAAAGUAAGACAGAGGUUUACAUAGGCAAGAAAAAACCUCGCCAAACUGCUUCUUGCCUGUACAAACCGGUUUUUCAGGUUACCUUCCUCCGCGAACGGUAGAAAUGUUCCCACAGUGUUUGCUGUAUGGGUGGUCAAGUCGCCUUAUCACUUGCGUAUCGUAACCGUUCCCAACUUGUUCGGCCUCGAGCUAGCCGCGAUCAAUUGAGUCUUUUUUCAAAAAAGCAAUGGGACUAGACAUAGUAAGCCGAAAUAGACUCGCAUAUAUUUUUGCUGCUUUGCCACUACCAUACGAGCAUCUACGUUGUCACUUUCGAGCUCUCAGUAGCGGAAGCCUUCAAGACGAAACUUAAGAACCGGAAGCAAAAAUUCGAUGAGAAUUUUUUUACCCUGGGUGCGAUGAGGAACAACGAGUGAAAAGGAACGAACUGGCCAAACACAUAUUGUCGCAACUCGCUUGGCCGUGCAUGGGUUCCACUAUAAACUCUGCAGGAAAGCAGGUUUCCACGAACAAAUAGACGCUCCAUAUGCGGGAAAAAUAAUGCUAGAUACAUGCUGCCCGUUGCUCCUGCUCUUCCCGUUAGGACACCUGGCAAAUUUCUCAAAUUCACUUCUUAGAAAUAUCAAAAUUAAUUUUAUAAAUUCAACAACGUUGGUAUAACCCAUCUGACGUGAAGUGUUUUAAAUGAUUAUAUACGCCCUAUUUGAUAUUGAGCUUUGUAUUAUUGACCAAUAUAUAUGAGGCUCUUAACUAGUGCCAGCAAAAAUUAAUAAACAAAAUCUGAUCGAUUAUUUAAUAUUAUUAACUUGUUAACCUUAUUAUUGCAUUAAUUAAAGAGUCUGACCUAAGAACCCAUUUAAAUUAUUUAUUGAAUUGAGGUGCUACCACAGCUUCUUGUUGUAUGUUUCUAUCUUCCUCUCUUCAAUUAUAAUCAUUAAGCAGUAGCAUUUCAGGCUUCAAUUCUGAAUCGACCGUUGUGCUCUCUGUCCCUUUUUUUUGAAUUCGACUUCUUUCCUCGCUAGCGGUCUCGUCUUUUGUCGCGAUUCACUUUAUUAUGUCAUUAUUAUAUAUUCCCUUUAUAACCCGCCACGCUUUGAAAACCGAACUUCAAAAUGCAAAAGUACCUUGACCACCCGCGAAAACAAAAAAUACAUUGAACCUCUCCUUACCGAUGUCAGUAAAAUUCAUUAUUUUUGGCCAUUAUACAAUCUGCAUCAUCAUUGGCGUCGCUGCGCGCGUUUCAUGCACUCGUUGUUCAAUUUCACCGCAUGAUUAUACUUACUAGUAAUAAUUAUCAGUAUUUUUUUUUGUUUUUUGUAUAUUAGUCAGGUUUUUACGCUUUAAUCAUUUACUAGUUAUUUUCUCGUCGUCGGUUUCACUCUAUCCCUUUCAUGGCUGUUAUUGCACUAGUGUAUUUAGACGGCAAUGCUAAUAAAGGUUUCUUUGUUUUAGUAUUACGGCUCACAUCAAACCGCAUUCUACCCCUGAGUAUGGUAAUAUCGUGUUUAACUUAUUAUAUUAGUCACCUAAAGCAUGCGCAUGAACUCAUUUGUUUUUUCGUAUUUUUUAGACAUAUCCAACUUUUUAUAUAAAAAUUACAUCUCACUGCACCUUACCAUGAAGAUAAUACUUGAUAAUUAUUUUUAAUGAUAAUUUUGAACAAUGUUUAAAACAGCCGA